AUGGGUGAUGCGGUCAUCGAUCUCGAGUUCGACGACCCUGUCGUGCUCAAGCUCUUCCAGCAGAUCGUCUGCAACCAGGAGGUCGCCGACCGCUUCGUGGCGUUCUUCUCGCAACACAGGCACAAGUUCGUGGGCGCCUCCCUCGACGGCGAGCAGAAGCUCGAAUACACGGCCGUCUUCGACGAGUAUUCCGCGCUCUACGACGAGAUCUUGGGCGCUGCGCCCGCGCCCGCGCCUCGCGCCGCGUCGACGACGCGCCUCGCAGGCGACGUCGUCAAGGAGACCGGGUGCUCGACCGAGGAGAUCGCCGACCGCUGCCGCGGCGCGAUGGGCAAGAAGGGCGGCGCCGGAGCGCGGCGGCACGCGUUCUUCCUCAACGCGAUCCUCGCCGCGAGCAGCUACGAGCGAUUCCUGGACACCAUGCUCUUCGUGCCCGAGGACGAGGCCAAAGACGCCAAGGGCGAGUCCAAGGACGACUACGCGGACGCGAAGGACGUCCACGUCGCGGACGCGAAGGACGCGAAAUAA